AUGAAUCACAAGCUGGUGGGCCAAGGGUCUUUGUCAUCCAACAGGUUCUCAUCCUCACCAUCUAACCACAAUCAUCUCAACAAAUUAUUCCUUCUCCUCGUAACAAUUUUCACAAUUUUCUUUAUUAAUUUUUCCACAUCGACCUUCAUUCCACCGAUCAAUGAAAUUCUUUCCGAUCAAAAAGAAUUUAACUCCUUGACUGGUUCUCCAUCAAGUAGCCCCCCAGGUGCUAGCAAUGUUGUAAUUCUUCAAUCACCUGGAGUUUACAAUUAUUCAGUUUAUGAUGAUUUGGAUUUUUCAUUCCAUUUGCCUGCUUGUCCAGAUUCAUUGUACAGAAAUAAGAAUACUAAUCAAUUGGAAUUAAUUGUUCAAUCACCAUCUACUUUUUCAUUAUUUAUUGUUAUUGCCUUUUCCUCACUUUUAUUUGCUAGUAUUGUUUUUAGUUCUUUCAAUUCUGUUUUCUUACCUCAUAUUAGAAAGAGAAUUAGAACAAGUUCAAUUUCUAAUAAUUUGUGGAUUGUUUACUUUGUUUUUGUUGGAUUGAGAGCUGUUUUGAAUGCAGUUCACUUUGGAAAACCAACAAGUUUGAGAAAGGACAGUAAAUUCCUAUAUGCCAUGACCAUAGUAGGAAUGAUUCUUCAUUCAUUGACUGCCUACUUUUUAACACUUGCUUUGAAUUAUCAGAGAAAACAUAGAAGUGGAUUUUCUGUGGAGGCAACAGGUAAUAGUAGACUCUCCUCAUUCCACCAACAAAUUUACGAAGAUAGAGAGGAAGAAAAAUUACAAUCAACAUUCCAGAGAAGAACUGCAUGGAUUAGGAAAAUUGUGGUGAAGGGAUUUUGGGUUAUUUUCUCAUUUGAAUCAUUGGCAACUAUUUGUUUCACAUUUUCAUUGAUUGCCAUCUUUUUACGUGCCUUGAAUGCCAACUCUGCUCAAAGUGGUGAGCUCUACAGAUGGAUUCAAUUAGGAGCAAUGCUCUUUCAAAGAAUUCCAAUUAUUAUCAUUUGCUUUUUAAUUAUCAUGAGUGGAUUCUUCUCAAUUUUCAAGAAGAAAUCUUCACAAGAUCACAGAACAGGAGGUCCAACAAUUUUCACAAGAAUUCUCAUCUUUGUUGCCCUACUCUUAAAUAUUCCCAAUGAUCUUCCACUUUCGUAUUGGAACUAUUUCCUUUACGGAUUGAGAGAGGAUAGAAUUGUUCCUGGAUGCAUGUUCUAUUUUGCAAGUAUUUUCGAUGCUGUCCUGUUGCUUUUCUUCUUUUCACUUGUCUUGUGGCUUUUUGUGAUGAUUAUUGAGUUUAGAAGAUAUAGAAAGGAAACUGUUGAAGCAGCACUUUCUGAUACCGUAGAGAAUUUCGAAUAAACUUGUAUGGUUUC